CCUCCAGAUUUGUUUGUGUGGGGAAGAAUCUUAUGAAGGAAUAAACUAUGUGAUAUAGAAUGUUUCUCUUCCCAUCUAUUCUCAUUCAUCAUUUUUCUAUAAAUUAUAUUUACAUUUUUUUUUACCAGUGUCCUUACCUGUGUAUGGUAAUUUGGCUAUACUUUAUACAACUUAGGUGUUCAGGAGUGGCCAUUCUAACAGAUUUCCAACCCACACAUCAUGGAACCAUGAUAGAAAGAGGGGAUCAUUUUCUAAUGGGAUAAUUUUUCCUGUUUCUACAGAUUCAUGUAGAGAAACAUGGCUUCUGAAAAUGUUUCUUUGGUGACCGAAUUCAUUCUGGUAGGAUUAACAGACCAGCGUGAUCUCCAAAUACCCCUGUUCUUUGUGUUUUUAGCAAUGUAUAUUGUCACUGCAUUUGGGAAUUUGUGUUUGAUAAUUCUAAUUGUACUAAAUUCACACCUUCACACCCCAAUGUACUUUUUCCUCUUUAACUUGUCCUUCAUAGACCUCUGUUAUUCUACUGUGUUCACGCCAAAAAUGUUGAUAAACUUUAUAUUAAGUAAGAAUGUCAUUUCUUAUAUGGGAUGUUUGACCCAACUCUAUUUCUUUUGUUUCUUCGUCAUUUCCGAAUGUUAUGUCCUGACAACAAUGGCCUAUGAUCGCUAUGUGGCUAUCUGUAAUCCUCUCUUGUACGCUGUUGCCAUGUCCCCUAAAUUAUGUUUGAGCCUUAUGCUUUGUACAUACUUGAUGGCAUUUUCUGGUGCCAUGGCUCACACAGGAUGUAUGAUGAGACUGACCUUCUGUGAUGCAAACACUAUCAACCAUUACUUCUGUGACAUCCUCCCUGUGAUGCAGCUCUCCUGCACCAGCACUUAUGUUAAUGAGCUUGUAGUGUUCAUUGUGGUGGGCAUAAACAUCAUCGUGCCCAGCAUCACUAUCUUUAUCUCUUACGGCUUCAUUCUCUUCAGUAUCUUCCGUAUCAACUCUGCCGAGGGAAGGUCCAAGGCCUUCAGUACCUGCAGUUCCCAUAUAAUUGCUGUUUCUCUGUUCUUUGGAUCAGGUGCAUUCAUGUAUCUUAAACCAUCUUCUUCUUCAUCUAUGGAUCAAGGAAAAACCUCCUCUGUCUUUUACACCAAUGUGGUUCCCAUGAUGAACCCCUUAAUCUACAGUUUGAGGAACAAAGAUGUAAAAAUGGCCCUGAGAAAAACUCUGAGAAGAUGGAAAUUUUGA